AUGGCCGAAUCUCACAGACUGUACGUUAAAGGUAAGCACGUCUCCUACCAAAGAUCCAAGAGCGUUAACAACCCAAACGUCUCCUUGAUCAAGAUCGAAGGUGUUGCCACUCCUCAAGACGCUCAAUUCUACCUAGGUAAGCGUGUUGCCUACGUCUACAGAGCCUCCAAGGAGAUCAGAGGUUCCAAGAUCAGAGUCAUGUGGGGGAAAAUCGCUAGAACUCACGGUAACUCUGGUGUCGUCAGAGCUAAGUUCAGAAACAACUUGCCAGCCAAGACCUUCGGUGCCUCCGUCAGAAUCUUCUUGUACCCAUCCAACAUUUAG